GCCUGGAAGCCAGAGCAGCAGCAGUACACAUCCUGUUUCCUGGGACAUCUGCCCACCCAGGCCAUCUCUUUCUGCCAAAUCAGCCAUUGAAAGACUCGGCACGCCAUUGGGUCAGAAUGACCAUCUGCACCCGACAUAUGGCAACCAGUCAUGCUCGCAGGCUUAGGAACCACGAUAUGUAGUAUUCUGCUCAUGAUAAAGACCCAGGCACAAGAGACCAGUGUGUUAAAGGUCCAUCCCGGAACUGCGACUGUGAACUUAUCAACCACAACUGCUAACCCAUUGUAUGGGUAUUCGGCGGCAGCGCGGGGCGUUAAGUAUCAAGAACCACCGCCACGCGCCCCGAGGACUCUGCAGGCAUCGAGACCCUUGGCCACGCGCCAGAGGAGGAGCUGUAGAUGCCCCCCAGGUCCUCCUUCCACGUUGCUUGGGGAUUCCCAAGCCUAUGUCUGUCAGACCGUUACCUGGGGCAGCAGGGUUCCGGUUCCAGAGGAAAGGUUUGAAAUAUACCACACAAUCUGCGAUUGUCAGCCAGCAUCUCAAAGACUUCCAUGCCCAAGGAAAUGCCAGGGGAAGCCAUGAGAACGUGCCCCAUCCAGUACUUACAUUCACGAAGGCGGCAUUGCGUGUCAAGGCAUUUUGUAGAUCAAAAUUUUGGAGACAUAAAAAAAAGAAA